CUAAAAUAUACCUACAAGGCUACAACCCAAUAAAAAAAUAUAACCCCUCCUCUCCUUCCUGUUCCACCGCCGAUUGUACAUCUCUCUAAAUUUCCUGCAUUUCCAAAUCCUUAACCUUUCUACGACGACAAUCUUUUUUCCGUCUCUUCUGCUACCUUCGAUUUCACUGCUUCAUUUCAUUUGAUCGCCGAUCCAAAAUCACAUCGCUACCCUGCGCACAAACUCACAGCACAGCCAAAAGGUUUCUCUGCUGCUGCGUCCUCCUUCCAACUGCGGUGCUCGCUAGUGUCCCCGCAAUUCAUCCUCACGCCGAGAAUUUAAGCAGCCGUAGCUUCCAAAGAUAUUUUGUCAAUAUAUUCAUCCAAUAUGAUACCAACUUCCUAUCAAAGAACUACUGUGGACGGAUGAACCAAUGUUUAGUAUGUCUCAAUUGAUUGAAGGUCUUCCCGACGCUGUUGCCAUCAGGUGCAUUGCACGAGUCCCCUUUUACCUGUUCCCCAAAUUAGAGCUUGUCUCUCGUUCCUGGCGAUCUGCCAUUCGCAGCUCUGAGCUCUAUAAAGCCCGACAAGAGGUAGGCUCAACAGAGGAGUUGCUUUGCGUGUGCGCUUUUGAACCUGAGAAUUCAUGGCAGCUUUAUGACCCACUCCGAGAGCUUUGGAUUACUAUCCCUGUUCUACCAUCCAAAAUUAAGAAUCUCGCUCAUUUUGGUGCUGUCUCAGUUAGUGGGAAGCUGUUUGUACUUGGUGGGAGCAGUGAUGCUGUUGACCCAUUGACUGGGGAUCAAGAUGGAAGCUUUGCAACCAGUGAGGUAUGGUCAUAUGACCCUGUGAUUCGAAGUUGGGCCCGGCGGUCAUCCAUGCUCGUGCCGCGUGCAAUGUUUGCAUGCUGCGCUCUGAAUGGUAAAAUAGUAGUGGCAGGAGGUCUCACUACAUGUCGGAAAUCGAUAUCUCGAGCUGAAAUGUAUGACCCUGAGAAGGAUGUGUGGUUCCCGAUACCCGAUCUUCAUAGCACUCCAGAUUCUGCUUGCACAGGACUUGUUAUUGGGGGAAAGUUGCAUGUUUUGCAUAGAGGCCUUUCGACCGUGCAAGUCUUGGAGGGUGUAGCAGCAUCUGGGUGGAAGGUUGAAGACUAUGGAUGGCUGCAAGGUCCAAUGGCGGUCGUUCAAGGUGCUCUUUAUGUGAUGAGCCAUGGACUGAUUUUGAAGCAGGAGGGCAAAGCGAGGAAGGUAGUAGUUUCAGCAUCCGAGUUUAGAAAGAGGAUUGGGUUGGCUUUGACCAAACUUGGGGAUGACAUAUAUGUGAUUGGAGGGGUUAUUGGCCCCGACGGAUGGAAUCGGGAAAUCCAGCCGUUGUCAGAUGUUGAUGUGUUGACUGUUCUUGGGGAAAGGCCGACGUGGCAUCGAGCAGCUCCAAUGACUAGUUGCCGUGGAACUAUUUUAGGAUGUACACAGCUGAGAAUCUAAUGGUAAAUGGUUGGCCAAAGCUCUAAUGUCAUACCAUUACAAUAUGUCCUCGGAGAAGAGAGUGAGUGCAGUUUCCAUACGCAACGAUGGGCUGUAUUUGUCUUUUGCUGACAAAUUUGGAGUUGUCUGGGUUGUAGUAUCCAUGAUCUAGAUGUCAAUGGAGCUUUCUCUAAUAGGAAGGCAGCACCUUUUCUGGCUCAUUACUGCAGCAUUAUUAUGAGACUGGAAUUUUCACCGGAUGGAUGCUUUAUAGUUGUGCAAUUCUUAUUUACUUGUUUUGAACGCAGGACUUUGAGAGUCUGGUGGAGACGAGGAGAGCUGCUGUACAGGAUAGUAAUCUUGUUGCAGUAGCCAUUCAAGGCUUGCAAGGAGUAAUUUUGUUGGGCUGUGACUUCUCUUCUAAAGCAUUAAAUCUUGCCAAGAAAUUCCUGGUAGCCGGAAGCUGCUUGAGAAGUUGCAUGGAAGUUUCUCGAUUGACCAAAGUGUUUUCUCAGCGGCUGCUCAAGCACUGCAAUGUGCAAUUUGUUGAUUAAGAAACAGUAUCCAACAGAGAACAAGGAAUUCAGGAAGAGAACUAGAAACGAUGGAAGGCCAAACAGUAGGAUCGGAUGGAUUGUCGACCCUACUUACCUGCCCAUGGGAUCGUCAACAUUUGGAAAGAAUCAGAUACUUUGAUGCUAUUUAGCUGUUUGAUUCUGGGGAGUACUCGUAGCGUUGCUGCUUUUAGUCCGGUGUUGUAUUGUAGCGCUUCUAUUCUUACACCACAUGAGCGACCUGUGAGUGGAAAGAAGCACGCUUGAGAAGCGUACAUUUUUCUUCGGCAGCUCUAAAGUCAGGCUCUCGUAUCUAUUUUAUUUUCUUGUUUCCUGAAGUGACUCAAAAUUGUAUUGAUAAUCAAACGGACGGGAUUAAGAGAUGUUACAUGUGACAUAUAUGACCUAGCCGGCAG